AUGGCAUUGUCCCGGUCUGUUCCCUUCUCGGCCACAGAGCUUCUCCUGGCCUCUGUCAUCUUCUGCCUGGUAUUCUGGGUGCUCAAGGGUUCGAGGCCUCAGGUCCCCAAAGGCCUGAAAAGUCCACCAGAGCCAUGGGGCUGGCCCUUGCUCGGGCAUGUGCUGACCCUGAGGAAGAACCCACACCUGGCACUGUCAAAGAUGAGCCAGCGCUACGGGGACGUGCUGCAGAUCCGCAUUGGCUCCACGCCUGUGCUGGUGCUGAGCGGCCUGGACACCAUCCGGCAGGCCCUGGUGCGGCAGGGCGACGAUUUUAAGGGCCGGCCUGACCUCUACAGCUCCACCUUCAUCACUGAUGGCCACAGCAUAUCCUUCAGCCCAGACUCUGGACCGGUGUGGGCUGCCCGCCGGCGCCUGGCCCAGAACGCCCUCAACGCCUUCUCCAUUGCCUCUGACCCAGCCUCCUCAUCCUCCUGCUACCUGGAAGAGCAUGUGAGCAAGGAGGCUGAGGCCCUGAUCAGCAGGUUGCAGGAGCUGAUGGCAGGGCCUGGGCACUUCGACACUUACAAUCAGGUGGUGGUGUCAGUGGCCAAUGUCAUCGGUGCCAUGUGCUUCGGACAGCACUUCCCCGAGAGCAGCGACGAGAUGCUCAGCCUCUUGAAGAACACUCAUGAGUUCGUGGAGGUUGCCUCCUCCGGGAACCCCGUGGACUUCUUCCCCAUCCUUCGCUACCUGCCUAACCCUGCCCUGCAGAGGUUCAAGGCCUUCAACCAGAGGUUCCUGCGGUUCUUGCAGAAAACAGUCCAGGAGCACUAUCAGGACUUUGACAAGAACAGUGUCCAGGACAUCACGGGUGCCCUGUUCAAGUACAGCAAGAAGGGGCCUAGAGCCAGCGGCGACCUCAUCCCCCAGGAGAAGAUUGUCAACCUUGUCAAUGACAUCUUUGGAGCAGGAUUUGACACAGUCACAACAGCCAUCUCCUGGAGCCUCAUGUACCUUGUGACCAAGCCUGAGAUACAGAGGAAGAUCCAGAAGGAGCUGGACACUGUGAUUGGCAGGGGGCGGCGGCCCCGGCUCUCUGACAGACCCCAGCUGCCCUACUUGGAGGCCUUCAUCCUGGAGACCUUCCGACACUCCUCCUUCUUGCCCUUCACCAUCCCCCACAGCACAACAAGGGACACAACGCUGAAUGGCUUCUACAUCCCCAAGGAAUGCUGUGUCUUCGUAAACCAGUGGCAGGUCAACCAUGACCCGGAGCUGUGGGAGGACCCGUCUGAGUUCCGGCCCGAGCGGUUCCUCACCGCAGAUGGCACCGCCAUUUACAAGCCCUUGAGUGAGAAGAUGAUGCUGUUUGGCAUGGGCAAGCGCCGGUGUAUCGGGGAGGUCCUGGCCAAGUGGGAGGUCUUCCUCUUCCUGGCCAUCCUGCUACAGCAACUGGAGUUCAGCGUGCCGCCGGGCGUGAAAGUCGACCUGACCCCCAUCUACGGGCUGACCAUGAAGCACGCCCGCUGUGAACACGUCCAGGCGCGGCUGCGCUUCUCCAUCAAGUGA